UUACACAAAAAUAAAUUUUUAUAAAUUAUAAAAUUUUUUUUUUCAUGUAUUAAAAGUUAUUGCUUUGCUUUCUAAUAUCAUAUGAAUUGUCAUGUCAUGAUGAAGCUAAUCAUUUGAGUUGUUUUUAUUUUUUUCAAUGGCAUUAAACAGUGGAGCAAACUUGGUGGAUCAUUUUACAGAGAAAAAAUACCUUACUGUAUCACAUAAUACAAACUGUUCGAAAACUGUUUACAAUGAAAUAUGUGAAGAUGUUGGUGAGCAAAUUAAAUGCACAUAUUGCAAUAAUAUGUUUAAAAACAAAACUUUGUAUGAUGAACAUCUGAGAAAUCAUAAUGAAAGCACUGAUGUUCGUUGUUCUGAUUGCUCGUUGAGAUUUUUUCAGCUUCAUCAUUUGAUUACUCAUAUCACAAGCGAUCAUUGGACGUCUGGCAAUAUUUGUUAUAAAUGCAACAAGAUGUUUUCUGAUAUGGGAUCUGCCAAAAAACAUUUCAGGGCGCUUAAUUGUGCUAAGUUUUUAACUGAACUGAAAUCAUUCGGGGCAUCGCCAAAAACGUUAAAAACAUUCUCAUGUCUUAUCUGUGAAAUGUUUUUUCCCACUGAAAAAACGUUACAAAAACAUUGUCUAACACAUACUGGAGAUAAAGCAUUUAAUUGCUCAAAAUGUCAGAAAUCGUUUUCAACGAAAGGAAAUUUUAAACAACAUUACAGAGCUAUUCAUGAAGGCAAAAAAAGAAGAUAUGAAAAGUUGGUAAAAGAAGGAAAGCAUUUGUUUUCUUGUAAAACUUGUUCACGAAUGUUUGCAUUUAAAUGUGAUUUGAAAACGCAUAUGAGGUCGCAUACAGGAGAAAAACCAUAUACAUGUGAGAUUUGCAAAAGAUCGUUUUCUCAGAGAGGUAACCUCAAUAUUCACAUAAAUCGUUAUCACACAAAUCUUCAAAAGAAACUCGUCGUGAAAAAAGCUUCUUAUAAAUUUGAAAAUCAGUUCAAAUUAAGCACAAGUCCGCAGGAUUGUUCUGAAAAUACUUUUAUGUAUUCGCAGUUCAAAAAAUCAGUUUCCAGUCCAAAAUACGAUCUUGUAAACCAAGUUAUCAUAUAUCCUCAUUCAAUGCAGAAUAAUCUAGAUCUAUUAGCAGAAACAAUUGUUGCUGAUUUUAAGGGAGGUUUGUUCCGUUCUUCUUCAGAGAGAUUAAAUAGUACUGAAUCAUGGAACAUUCAUAGUAAGACAUCUAACCAUUUUCCUAGUCAAAUUUGCCCUAAAAGCGAUCUAUAUUCCUAUAAUAUGUCAUCCAAUAUAUCUGACAGUUGUUUAUCGCCACACAUGAGUGAUACUGUUUUGGAAACGAAUGUCAUUAGUUUUUAUCCUAAAUGCGAAAAGAAUGCUGUCUCGGUUUUAGUUGAAAACGAAAAGUCUUACAAGGAGGAAUCAAAAGAGUUGAACUCGAUAUCUUCUAAAAAUAGAGAACUUGAAAUUUCUUCUAGUUAUAGAGUAAAUGGUUUACAGAUUACAAACGAACAAAAUGAUUCUCGUCGCUUUGCUAUUUUCAAAGACAGUUACCUAUAUCCAACAAACAACUCAAAUUAUUUUACUUGUGCGCAAACUAAAAGCAUUACAGUGACAUCAGGUGAUCCGGAACCAGAUUGGGCGGAUUGGUUUCAGUCAUUUACCUCCAAACUUUCAGCCGGUACAUCUGUUAUAAAAAAUGUUAACGAUGGACAAGUGCAAGAUGUGGAUAUUGACUUUAUUGCGAUGUUGUCUCAGCAACAACCUUUUAUAAAAUAUUAAUAAAAAUAAAUAUAAACUAUUAUAA